CCUUAACUGGCAAAAAGGCCCCAACUGCAUUAGCCUCAUGAUCCAAAGUCCCUCACGCAAACACACAUACAACACACCGCUGGAAUUCCUCUCAGUACAUUUCAACCACUAGAGUCAGCUUGUUAAUCUACUAUUAAAUACCUUCUUUUGCAUAGGAUCAUAUUUUAUAGCUAUUAAUUUAAAAUCUUCUGGCUGUCCUUGUCGCUGUGAAAAAAAACAGUGCUUUAUCUUUGUCUUAGCAGAUAAGAGCGCUGUAGAUAUGCUGAACUUGUGACACGUUUAAAAAUUAAUUUCGCUCCGCAAAGGUGAACCGCGGCGCAGGUGUUUUAAGCGCGAGCCGCCGCUGGUGGUCGCCCAGUGGUCAUCAUGAUAGACUUCGCGCAGAUCCUGUCGUCUGUCGGCGAGUUUGGGGCGUUUCAGAAGCGCUUGCUGGUGGCGGUAUGUCUCCCCAACAUCUUCACAGCUUUCCACAUGUUCGGUCAGGUCUUCACCGCCAUCAGCUUCCCUCACAACUGCAACAGCAGCUGGAUUUUACAGCGGGCUCCCAACCUGACAGAGGAGAAGCAGCUGAACCUCACCAUCCCUCUGGACACUGAAGGACAGUAUGAGAGCUGUAAGAUGUUCUCACCUGUUGAUCUUGAGCUUGAUGUUAUUGAAGCUUAUGGAAUAAACACAACGACAUCAUGUUCUGAUGGAUGGGUUUAUAAGGCACCAGAAGGCAGCAGCACUCUCUUAUCAUAGUUUGACCUGGUGUGUGAAAAUAAGAUAUAUAAUGAGGCAUCUCAGUCUGUCUACAUGGCUGGUCUUCUUAUUGGAGCCCUAUUGUUUGGGCCAAUGGCAGACAAGUAUGGCCGGCGGUUUGUCACGCUGCUUUCCUUGUUCCUGCAGUUUCUGUUUGGGGUGGCAGUAGCAUUUUCUCCCAACAUCUUUGUCUACAUAGCUCUCCGCUUUGUGGUCGGCACCACAAUAUCAGGGAUUUCUAUCAACACAUUUGUUUUGGGUACUGAGUGGUGUGGUUCAGCCAAACGGGCCCUUUUUACCAUAUUGUCACACUGCUUUUAUGCCAUUGGUCUGAUGCUGCUGUCUGGUGUGUCCUUUGGGAUCCGAAACUGGAGGAUUUUACAGCUGGUUCUGUCAGCACCAGUUGGGCUUUUCUGCAUCUAUUACUGGAUUCUCCCUGAAUCUGCCCGAUGGCUUCUGACUCAGGGCAAGCAAGACAGGGCCAAGAAAGAGAUAUUGAACGCUGCCCGAAUUAAUGGCAGAAAGGUGCCCGAAAAUCUGCUCGACAAGAUGGAAGCGGAGAACACAGCUAAAACAGGCACCAUGCUAGACCUGUUUCGAGUGGCUUACCUAAGAAAGAGAGCUCUCAUCAUGUGCUAUAUGUGGUUUGUGACGAGCCUGGUUUACUAUGGUGUCAGCUUGAACGUGGGGAACUUCGGCCUGGACAUUUACCUGACUCAACUCAUCUUUGGCAUUGCAGAGUUUCCCGCCCGGCUGUCCUGCUUUCCUCUCAUUCAGCGCUUCGGAAGGAGGAUUUGCCAGAGUGCAGUGCUGCUCCUUGGAGGAACCGCCUGCCUGAUUAUUCCUGUUAUACCAGCAGGGUAUCCUGUGAUUGUGACUGUGAUCGCAGUGAUUGGGAAGUUCUCCCUCGCCGCCUCUUUCACCAUAGUGUAUGUGUACACUGCUGAGCUCUACCCAACGGUUGUGAGACAAAACGGAGUGGGACUGAACUCCAUGUGUGCGCGUGUAGCUGGGAUUCUGGCUCCUCUGAUUGGCUUGUUAGACGUGUAUCAUCCUGCUAUUCCAAUGGUCAUAUACGGCUCUCUUCCUUUUGUGGGAGGACCGCUGACUUUCCUGCUCCCAGAGACACUAAACACUGACCUACAGGACCACACUGAUGUCCCCGUGGAUGACAACAUGGGAUCAGAGAAAGCCAGUAUUGAAAGCGGACUGAAUCAGGAGCAGGAAAUGUCUCGCAGGAGCACAAAAUUAUGAGAUUUAUACUGCUAUUUAAAAAUGUAGUUGAAGUUUAUGCUUUUUUUAAUUGAUUUUGUGUGAAUGAGGAAAAUAAGGCAAACAGAGGUAUGAC